UUAGUAUGGAUUUCACAAACGACAAACGUAGAUCCAAAACGGGGAGGGUGAUUAAUUGAAGAGCCCCCACGGAUCACGUGCUCUCGUUAAAGGGAAGGCAUACAGUUAUCAUCUCCAACACGAACACUCCCUCUUUCUUGCAAUGGAAAGACUAGUGGAAGUGUCAGAGCCAGAGGUGCGCCUAGACUUCGCACUGAACUGCAAAUGCCGGGCUAACGUGCGCCUGCGGUCACUCUGCGCCACCACCCCCAUAGCCUUCAAAGUCCAAACCUCCUCACCCAACAAAUUCCUGGUUAAUCCACCGUGUGGACUUAUUCCUCCCUUGUCUUACGCCACAUUUCAAAUCAUCCUCAAACCCCAAAUCCAACUCCCACCCACCUUUCCUCGCUCACCAUCCGAUCGUUUCCUCAUCAAAACCGCCAAGUUUGUUUCUAGCUCCGUCGAGUCGACUCGCCAGGACUCCAUCAACUCUUGGUUUUCCACCAUCCCUUACGUGUCAACUCAGGACCUCAAGCUCAAGGUCGCCUUUGUGGGUCCCAUCCUUCUUCUCCAUGCUGUCAGGUGUGGAGACUUGGACGCCGUCCGGAGCUUAAUCAAGCGGCAGAAAUCUGUUCUCUCCGAGUUGUCACCGAGGGAAGCAGAGUCGCUCCUCCGAGUCGCUACUGAGCUGGUCACCUCGGAGGAGAUGGUUAACCUGCUCGUUGAAGCCGGGUUGAAGAUAGAAACCCGUGUGAAAUUGGAUAAUGCGAGUUAUCCGGCGGACUCAUCCAAGGGAUGGAGUGAGGUACACGUGGCGGUGGCGUUUGAUCGGAAGGAUGAGAUGUUGAGUUUAAUAAGGAUGAGGGGGUAUGCUUCGCUGGAUUCCAGUGACAAAGAGGGUCGUACAAUUUUGCAUUUGGCUGCCAGCAAGGGAAGUAUUAAGUGUGCGAAGGUGUUGCUAGAAUCGGGUGCAGAUGCGAACGCGAGGAGUAAGGACGGUCGCACCGCGCUUUAUAGGGCAGCGGCUAAUGGGGACCGGCGAAUGGUUGGGAUGCUGAUCGAAUCGGGUGCGGACCCAACAAUCCCCAAUGAUCGUGGGCGAUCCCCGCUCGACGUUGCUCGCGACAAGGGACAUAAAAAGGUUGUAGAGACUCUGGAGCGAGGAGAAGCAGUGCUAAUGGCUGCAAUGCGCGGAGAGUUGGAGCGCCUUGAGACGCUGCUGCGCAAGGGUGCGGACAUCAGCUACCGUGAUCAGUACGGGUUGACAGCCCUCCAUGCAGCAGCAAUGAAAGGGCACAGGGACGCAACUCUCAUGCUUGUCGCAUACGGGGUAGACUUGGACUGCCAGGACAACGAAGGCCAUGCACCGCUUCAUUUGGCUGUACACAGUGGCAGUAUGGAGACAGUUGAGGUAUUGGUGGACAAGGGAGCCGAUGUUAAUGCCAAGAGCGCCAAAGGUACUACCAGUCUCUACAUAGCUGGGGCCUUGGGCUAUGAUGACAUCUCGCAGUUCCUCAUAAGCAGGGGCGCCCUCUCUUCUGAUGUUACUUGUUAAUUUCCAUCUUCCUUCUCCUGAACCCCGUUAUUGUAUAUCUCAACUUACCGAAGCUUGUACAAAAGUUGGAAUGCCAAGAAAACAAGCGUUUUUGUUAUAAAAAAAAAAAAAAAAACUUGUAUGAAGCAUUUUCGUU